AUGACAAGAUUUCGCAGAAGAACAUGCAUCACGUUAGGAAUUGUCCUUUUAAUUGUCUGUAGUCUUAUGCUGGCCUUGAAAUCAUUGAGGCCUGAAACAGCUGCAUUUGGGAGCCCUUUUGCAUUAGGUCUUUUACCUGAACUUCAGAAAGUCACAGUUCUUCAUGAGAAAUCCGGUGUAAAAAAACCCAAUGCUCAGUCGGAGCAAAAAACUCAAGCUAACAUGCUUGAGUUACAGAAGUCUGUUGGUAUAGAGAUAGAAAACCUGCCUGCUCCUAAUUAUAAUCUUCAUGUUUUUUUAUUAUAUGUGGUAUGGAAACCCUCAGUUUGAUGGUAAAUACAUUCACUGGAAUCACGAACUACUGAAACACUGGGAUGCUAAAAUUGCAAGUAAUUACCCCACUGGAAAACACAAUCCUCCUGAGGAUGUUGGAGCUAAUUUUUAUCCAGAACUUGGACCAUACAGUUCCAAGGAUCCUUCUGUUUUAGAAGCCCAUAUGAAGCAAAUGCAAUCAGCUGCUAUAGGCGUGCUGUCUUUAUCAUGGUAUCCACCGCAAAAUGAAUGAUGACAAUGGUGUCCCUUCUGAUGAUUUGGUGCCACAUGUUUUAGACAUAGCUCAUAAAUAUGGCCUGAAGGUUAAUUUUCAUAUUGAGCCAUACAAAGACAGAGAUGAUGUUAAUCUACGUGACAAUAUUAAAUAUAUUGUUGACAAAUAUGGAAACCAUCCUGCAUUUUACAGAUAUAAGACUAAUUCUGGCAAACAUUUGCCUAUGUUUUACAUUUAUGAUUCCUAUGUAACAAGUCCUGACAAGUGGGCUAAUUUGUUCACAGCAUCAGGAUCCCUAAGUAUUCGGAAUACGCCAUACGAUGGAAUUUUCAUUGCUUUGCUUGUAGAAGAAAAACAUAAAAUUGAUAUAAAAAGAAGUGGAUUUGAUGGACUUUAUACAUACUUUGCCACCAAUGGUUUUACAUAUGGAUCCUCACAUCAGCACUGGUCAAGUUUGAAAGAGUUUUGUGAUACUAAUAACUUGAUAUUUAUUCCAAGUGUUGGACCUGGGUACAUAGAUACCAGCAUACGUCCUUGGAAUUUUAAAAAUACAAGAAACAGAAUUAAUGGGAAAUACUAUGAGACUGCUCUUAAUGCAGCAUUAUUGGUGCGACCAAGUAUUGUUUCUAUUACAUCUUUCAAUGAAUGGCAUGAAGGAACUCAGAUUGAAGCAGCCGUUCCAAAAAAAAAUGCACAGAUGAAAUAUGAGGACUAUUUGCCCCAUAAACCUAGCAUUUAUUUGGAGAUUACCAGAAAAUGGUCUGAAAAAUACACGAAGGAACGUGAACAAUGGCUCGUUUAA